UAAAUACUGAGAAGUCCGCAGCCUGCUUUGGGGCUGCAAAGGCUUUGGAGGGGCUGCUCCGGGCGAGCUUGGCCAGAAGCGCCUGGGGAAGACAGGCGAGAAGCAAACUCUUAGCGAGAGUGCCAAGCCCCGUUAGGCUCAGCACCUUGCCCAAGCAGCCGCUGACUUGCAGCUGCUGGGUGUUUGGUUUGCAAAGGUGCAGGGAGCUGGUGCUGGUAAUUAAACUAGCCGGCGUUAAUCUCUCCCUCUCCUACUGCAUCUGGCUUCACUCCCCAGCGCCAGUCCCACGUCCGGGGAGUGGCACUUGGGUCUCCCGUCGCACUUGGCCGGUUCAAAGCCCGUGGCAUCCAUGCCCCUUUCCCGUCGGGAGCCGCCCCUACCUGGCAGGCUGGCACCUGCCUUCCCCCCCAUCCUGCUGCUGCUGCUGGGCGCAGCCCGGGCGGUGCCCCGCCAGCCCGGGGACUUCCAGGAGGUGGUGCCGGUGAGGAUCCCAGACCCGCGGGGCGGAGAGCAGGUCUCCUUCUGCCUCUCCGCCUUCAGCCGGGACUUCGUGCUGCAGCUGGCGCCCGAUGCCAGCUUCCUCGCCCCCGGGCUGAAGAUCCAGCGCCUGGGCCGGCCGGGCCCGCGGGCAGAGGAAGACGAUGCGGGGCUGAGGAAAUGCUUCUACUCUGGGACCGUCAACUCGCAGCCCGGCUCGCUGGCGGCCGUCAGCCUGUGCCGGGGCAUCCGCGGCUCCUUCCUGGUGGACGGGGACGAGUACCUGGUCCAGCCCGCAACCCUCGGGGGCGGCGAUCCCCUGCUGCAGCCGCACCGACUCCAGAGGCGGCGGGCGCCCGAGCCUCCCGAGCCCGGGAGCGAGCCGCCCGUGGGGACCAGCCGCCGAGCCAGGCGCUUCGUGUCCGAGGCCCGCUUCGUGGAGACGCUGCUGGUGGCAGACGCGUCCAUGGUCCAGUUCUACGGGGAAGAGCUGAAGAACCACAUUCUGACCUUGAUGUCAGUGGCUGCUCGGAUCUACCAGCACCCUAGCCUAAAGAAUUCCGUCAGCUUGGUGGUGGUGAAGGUGCUGGUUGUGGAGGAUGAGAAGGCCGGGCCGGAAGUGUCCGACAACGGAGGGCUCACACUGCGCAACUUUUGCAACUGGCAACAGAGCUUCAACCCUGCUAGUGACCGUCACCCAGAGCACUACGACACUGCUGUCUUGCUGACUAGACAGGACUUCUGUGGGCACCAGAGCUGUGACACCCUGGGAGUGGCUGACAUUGGCACCAUGUGCGACCCCAACAAAAGCUGCUCUGUGAUUGAAGAUGAGGGUCUCCAGGCUGCCUACACCCUGGCUCAUGAACUAGGACACGUGCUCAGCAUGCCCCAUGAUGACUCCAAGACCUGUGAGAGGCUCUUUGGGCCCCUGGGAAAACACCACAUGAUGGCUCCUUUCUUUGUCCACUUGAACAAGACCCUGCCCUGGUCCCCCUGCAGUGCCAUGUACCUCACAGAGUUUCUGGAUGGGGGACAUGGUGACUGCCUGCUUGACGCUCCAGCUGAACCCAUCGUCCUCCCCACAGACCUUCCAGGCCAACUCGCCAUGUACGACCUGGACCGCCAGUGCCAGCAGAUCUUCGGCAAGGAGUUCCGGCACUGCCCAAACACCACGGACGAGGACAUCUGUGCGCAGUUGUGGUGCAGAAUAGACACCAGGGAGCCCCUGUGUCACACCAAAAAUGGCAGCUUGCCGUGGGCAGACGGUACGCCCUGUGGAGCGGGCAGGCUGUGCUGGGAUAGCAGCUGCGUGGCACAAGAUGCGAGGAAGCCCCAGCCUGUGGUGGAUGGGAACUGGGGCCCCUGGAGCCCAUGGGGAGCCUGUUCCAGGACGUGCGGAGGAGGAGUGCACUUCUCGUACCGGGACUGCAAUGACCCCGCGCCUCAGAAUGGUGGAAAAUACUGCAAGGGUCAGAGAGCCAAAUAUCAGUCAUGCUGCACAGAGGAAUGCCCGCCAGAUGGGAAGAGCUUUAGAGAGCAGCAGUGCGCAAAGUACAACAGCUACAACUUCACAGAUCUGGACGGGAAUCUGCUGGAGUGGCUCCCCAAGUAUUCCGGGGUGUCCCCCCGGGACCGUUGCAAGCUUUUUUGCCGAGCCAGAGGGAGGAGCGAAUUCAAAGUAUUUGAGGCCAAAGUGAUCGAUGGGACGUUGUGUGGGCCAGAGACCCUCUCCAUCUGCGUCCACGGGCAGUGCAUCAAAGCUGGCUGUGACCACGUGGUUGGCUCCUCCAAAAAGCUGGACAAGUGUGGGGUGUGCGGUGGCAAUGGGUCGACAUGCAGGAAAAUAUCUGGCUCGCUCAACAGAUCCAAGUAUGGAUAUAAUGACAUCGUCACUAUCCCUGCUGGAGCUACCAACAUUGACAUCAAACAACGCAGCCACCGAGGGGUCCGGCACGAUGGAAACUACCUGGCUUUGAGAACCCUGGAUGGCAAGUACCUCUUGAAUGGAGAUUUUGCCAUUUCAGCCAUGGAACAAGACCUGCUGGUGAAGGGGACAAUCCUGAAGUACAGUGGCUCUCUGACAACCCUGGAGCGGCUCCAGAGCUUCCAGCAGCUUCCAGAAUCUCUCACUGUCCAACUCCUGACCGUCUCCAGUGAGCUCUUCCCACCCAAGGUGAAGUACACUUUCUUCCUCCCCAAGGACAUCCCUUUUAGCAAGCAGAAGGUCAAGGAAAAGAAAUCAGCCAACAUCAUCCAGCCCAUGCUGACCUCGCAGUGGGUUAUGGGAGACUGGUCCGAGUGCUCCAAAACCUGCGGCUCUGGCUGGCAGAGGCGAACGGUGGAAUGCCGGGAUGUGGAGGACCAGGCCUCCACCACCUGCGACAAGGCUCUGAAGCCUGAGGACAUCAAGCCUUGCAACGACCUCCCGUGCCCCAUUUGGCGUCUCGGCCCCUGGUCGCCGUGCUCCCGAACUUGUGGCGAGGGAGUGCGGACGCGGAGCGCCGCCUGCAUUGACUAUGCAGGAAAGAUCAUAGCCCCUGAGAAAUGCAGCUUGCCCCUGCCCCAGGCAGCGACCACCACCUGUGUGCUGCAAGAAUGCUGAGCCACGGCAAGCCUAGUGCAUCGGAAACACAUAACGUAGCCAACUACUAACCAGACCAGACCUGGCUUGGCAAGUCAAGCAGGGAUGUAGGUUUAAAAGUGAAUGUGCACUAAUUGACCUGAGCAGGCCCUCGGGGGACAGACCUGCUUGGAAGACUCUUUUCUGGUUCCAUCCCCCACCAAUAGACAGCUACCUCAGAAGGGGGGGGGGAAUAGUCUGGGGGAAGGGAGGAGUCCAGUGAUUUAUUUUUACUGAUCAAUAGCAAAUGAAUUUUAAUUUAAAGAGCAAUUAAUCAUAUUCUAGGCUAUUUCCCAAAAGGAUGACCUGAGUUUCAGCCAUGCUCACCCACUCUCCAUUAUUUACCAUAUGUGGCCUGAGAGACUCAUCUGCAGGGAGACUGAGGGGUAGGAUAGCCACACCCUCUGGCUUGAAGGGGUUUCCAUUACAUUCAGGGUUUACAAUUUGGUUCAAUGAC